AAAUCCUCACACACUCAAUUCUUGAUUCAUCUUAUUGUUCUUCAUUUUCUUCUCAGUUCUUAAGCUUUGUGUUUGGUGUUAACAAUGUCUGUGACACCCAUUUCAGCCAUUUUUCUCUCACCCAUGAGAGGGAAUUUCCAUAGUCAUAGUCAUAAUAAUAAAAGCCCAUUUACGUGUACUACUACAACUGCCUUAUCAUCAUAUUCUUCUACCUUGAACCAAUCUUUCUCUUCUCAAAGAAAGGGUGACCAAAAAUUCACUGUUUUUGCAUCCAAUGAGAUAGUUAAUGCACCUAAAAGUGGAGUGGUGUUUGAGCCAUUUGAAGAGCUCAAGAAUAAUGCUUUUGUUGUCCCAGUUGCCCCUCACGUCUCUCUCGCUCGCCAGAGGUAUUCAGAUGAGUGUGAAACCGCGAUCAAUGACCAAAUCAAUGUGGAAUACAAUGUGUCUUAUGUGUACCAUGCCAUGUUUGCGUACUUCGACAGGGACAACAUUGCUCUCAAAGGCCUUGCCAAGUUUUUCAAGGAGUCUAGUGAAGAAGAAAGAGAGCAUGCUGAAAAACUGAUGAAAUUUCAGAACAUACGAGGAGGACAUGUAAAACUACACUCCAUAAUUUUUCCCCCAUCAGAGUUUGAACAUGCACAGAAGGGAGAUGCAUUGUAUGCUAUGGAAUUAGCAUUGUCUUUAGAGAAGCUAACGAACGAGAAACUGCUAAGCUUGCACAGUGUGGCAGAACAUAACAAUGAUCCUCAAAUGGCAGACUUCAUUGAGAGCGAGUUUUUAACAGAACAGGUUGAAGCCAUUAAGAAGAUUGCAGAAUAUGUUGCUCAAUUAAGGAUGGUCGGUAAAGGCCACGGAGUGUGGCACUUUGAUCAGAUGCUCCUCCAUGAAGGUGAUGCUGCUUUAUGAAGAAUUGUGGUGUUGUUUUAGUUCUAGGUUCUAGUCUGCUCUUUGCUGUUGAAGUUCUGGGGUGGUUUUAUUUGCAGAAAAAAUGUUUGGCUACUUAGGUUAAGAUGAUUAGAGUUCCAAAACAGAGAGAAUAAGAAUUUGUUACAUGUACAAGACUUGAAACUUACUAAGAUAUAGAAGAAUGUGACCUGUCUUAUAUUCACAUAAUGGAAUAAAUUUCUUCUCAGCCCAA